UUCCUCUCCUCUCAGUCAGGUGCAGCUUAAAGCCCUCUCCGUCCGACCUGCGUCUCCCUGCUGAGCUUUUCAAACUUACUUUCACCUGUCGGAAUGUGUGUGUCCUACUGAACUCGCAGGCCUCAUCAGGGAGAGAUGGAGAACGGAGGGUCUGAAAACAUGCUGGAUGAUGAGGAGGCACUGUGGGAGAAUGUCGAGAAGAACCGGUACAUCCUGUGCCGUUACAUUAACCCCAACAAGCUGACCUCCUAUCUAAGGCAGUGCAAGGUCAUUGACGAGCAGGACGAGGAUGAGGUGCUAAACUCCUUACUGCUGCAGACAAAGCCCAACCGUGCAGGUCGACUGCUGGAUAUUCUUCACACUAAAGGCGAGCGAGGCUAUCUGGUAUUCCUGGAAAGUCUGGAGUUAUACUACCCUGACCUAUACAAGAUGGUCACAGGCAAAGAACCCACUCGGAGGUGCUCUUCUAUUGUUGUGGAGGAGGGCCCUGAGGGUCUGACCCAGUUCCUUAUGAAUGAAGUGAUGAAGCUGCAACAACAGGCUAAGGCCAAGGAUGUGCAGCGUGUAGACAUCAUGGCCAAGUGCCGCACCCUGGAGGACGAACAGAAGAAGCUGCGGCUAGCCAACCAGGAGCUGCGCACCUUCCAGGAGCGCUAUAACAAGAUGAAGGAGGAGCGAAACAACUGCAACGAUGAGCUCAUUAAAGUGAAGGAUGAAAAUUACCAGCUGGCCAUGCGCUACGCACAACUCAGCGAAGAGAAGAACAUGGCCGUCAUGAGGAGUCGAGACCUGCAGCUGGAGAUUGACCAGCUGAAGCACAAGCUGAACAAGGUGGAGGAGGAAUGCAAGAUGGAGAGGAAACAGUCUUUAAAACUGAAGAAUGAUAUUGAGAACCGUCCUCGCAAAGAGCAGAUCUAUGAGCUAGAGCGAGAAAACGAAGUUCUGAAGAUCAAACUCCAGGAACUACAGUCUCUCAUACAGCCUGGGCCGCUGACGGACUCAGACAAGGCCCUCCGGGACAUUCUGGAACACGACCGGCAGGAAGCUCUGGAGGAUCGGCAGGAGCUGGUGAACAGACUUUAUAACCUGCACGAAGAAUUGCGGCAGGCCGAGGAGCUCAGGGACAAGUACCUUGAGGAGAAAGAGGACCUUGAGCUGAAGUGUUCCACUCUGGUGAAGGACUGUGAGAUGUAUAAGAACCGUAUGAACACCAUCAUGUUCCAGCUGGAGGAAGUGGAACGUGAACGGGACCAGGCAUUCCGAGCUAGAGACGACGCCCAGAACCAGGUAUCUCAGUGUCUGAUUGACAAAGACAAGUACCGUAAGCAGAUACGGGAGCUGGAGGAGAAGAGCGAUGAGCUGCACAUCGAGAUAAUGCGUAAAGAAGCUAAAAUAGUCACAUUAGAGUCCAGACUAAGGCGCCUGUCCAAAGACCAAGGCCUGGAUCUUACCCAGAGUCUGCCUCGAGAUAUUAUACCGGUGACCAAAUUUCAGAACACUGAGCAAGCAGACAGCAAGAUGGAGGGGCCGUCUGAGGACUCUGGGGAGGAGACUUCAGAGGACAUGUUCUUUGUCACACCCAGCACUGACGUCCCACCAAAGAUUAAACGUAGACCAAAUCUCAAAGGGUUCCCCUACCCUCCUCAGAUAAGAGCGAAAUCGCCAAUCUCUCCACCCAAAUUGUUGGAUUUCCAAGCUGCGCAUCCUACCAAUGGGGAUCUCUCAGAUACCGUAAGCCCAGAUGCUCACUCCAUGACUAUGAACUCCCCCUUCGGCACACAAGCCCGUAACAGAAACUACAGCAUCAUGUCCACAACAGCUGAGCCUCCAGAGAAGGCGUCCAUCCUCAGGAGGACUAAAGAAGGAGACCAAGAAUUCCUGCCCCGAUGCCUUGAUACAGUAGACUCUGAUGGAGACUGCGUAGACAUGGAUGAUACAGACACACAGGGCCCACCCUCCAUCAACUCUUCAUCAUCCUCCCAUCAGUCAGAGGGUAUAGACUCUUAUGAUCUGGAGCAGGUCAACAACAUCUUCAGGAAAUUUUCACUAGAGAGACCAUUCCGUCCAUCUCUUACGUCCUGCGCUCGUCCUACCACUUUGCCCCCAGUGCAGGAGCUUUCUCUCAUCGGAGACUCUCUCCUGUCAGAUAUUACUCUGGUUGGGGGCAAUGACAGUGGCAUAUUUGUUUCCUCUGUCCUUCCUGGCUCCAGUGCUGAAAAGGCUGGCUUAAGAAUGGGACACCACCUCUUAUGGCUGGACGGCUGUAUCCGGGGAGAAAGCCAGAGCGUACCUUUGGACACAUGCACUCAAGAAGAGGCUCACUGGACACUUCAGAGAUGCACUGGCCCUGUCCAGCUCCAUUACAGAAGUAACUCUGAGGGCUACAGGCGUCUACAGAAGGACAUCGAGGAGGGCCGAGCAGUGUCAGGCGACUCAUUCUACAUCCGAGCCAACCUGAACAUCUCCGGCCAGUUAGACAGCUGCUCACUGAGCGUACGGUGUGACGAGGUGCUCCAUGUUUUGGACACACGGUACCAGGGCAGGUGUGAGUGGCUGUGUGCGCGUGUAGACCCGUAUACUGACAAGGACCUGGAGAAGGGCACCAUCCCCAGCUACAGCAGGGCCCAGCAGCUCCUCCUGGUGAAGAUCCAGAAGCUGAUGUGUCGUGGCAACCGAGAAGAGACAGAUAGUCUGAGGGGACUUCGGAAUACGUUGCAGCCUGAGGAAGCCGCUCCGACAGACCCUAAGUGCAGUCCACGCCUGUCCAGAGCCAGCAUCUUCAUCUGUCAGAUCCUGCAGUUUGUCAGCAGGGCAGAUAACAAGUACAAGAGGAUGGACAGCAACGAUCGCGUGCGCAUCCUCAACGCUGGCAAUCUGUCAUCUCUUCCCAGACCGGGCUUUGAAACCAUGAAGCCUGAGGAUUCAUCAGACUCGGAGAAUGAUUUGAACAAGAGCGAUCUAAACUUGAUCCCGUACAGUCCGGUGACGGCACAUCACUGCCCACGCAAACGCCCCGUGCUCUUCUCUCCCAACAUCCUGGCCAAAACCAUCGUCCAGAAGUUCCUCAACUCUGGCGGAGCCAUGGAGUUUAACAUCUGCAAGCCAGACAUCCUGACGAAAGACGAGUUCCUCAUGAAGCAGAAGAUAGAGCCUAUCAUCUUCUCAAAGGAAAGGCAGGCGAGCACGUACGAGUGCAUCACCCCUGAGAACAUCGAAGCUGUUGCCUUUAAGGGUAAACACUGUCUCUUGGAAGCAGAUCUGAGCUGUGCAAAAGAAUUGCUCAGGAGAGAAAUCUACCCCAUCAUUAUCUUCAUCAAAAUCUGUGAGAGGAACAUCAAGAAAUUAAAGAGGCUGCCUCUGAAGGUGGAAUCAGAAGAGGAUUUCCUGAAGAUGUGCCGCGCUAAGGAGAAAGAGCUGGAAGCCCUGCCGUGUCUCUAUGCCACCGUGGAGCCCGACUCAUGGAGCGGAGUGGAGGAUCUCCUCAGGCUUAUUAAGGACAAGAUCCUAGAGGAGCAGAAGAAAACAGUGUGGGUGGAGCAAGACCUGCUGUAGGUCAUCUGACCUCGAGAACAGAAAGACAGCCACAGACACAGACACAGACAGUGUAGGCUACACUGAUCUCUGAAACUCCGUCAUAGCUGGAAUGUAUACUCAAACCACUGCAAUGCAAAGAGGAAGUGAUGCAGAGGUAUGUGGUUCCUGUGCAGUGAAAAAGAAAAUGUGCCUAAGGAAAGAUGGGCUUUUCUGACAACAGUCCCAGCUAGAGGUGGAAGCGUUCUCAUUUAAAGCCUUUUUAUAUCGUUCCUUCUCCAAAUGUGCUGCUGUGGUCAAUAAAACAUUAUUUUGUUCACGUUCUAUGUGUAAUACCGAAUAAGGCACAGCCCAUUGCAUUUUGUUGGAUUCCAUCCACAAUUUUUUCCCCUUUGCAAAUGCUUGCUGCAGUUCUCAUUUAUCAUCCUGAGUGACCACAAACAAGAUGAAUGUUGAUAAUUCUAAACCGAAUUUGAUGCCCUUAUCAUUGCAUUGCUUAAAUGAUGGACCAGAGCUCUGAUUUAUUUCACUCCAUCUUCGUGUUGUCAGUAUAUUUAUUUUAUAGCCAACAUGCAGUGCAUUAUUUAAAAGAAAGGCUGUGUUGUUUCUUCCGCUGUAGUGUGUACAGAUGAUGUGUGGGUGGAUGACUUCUCUUUGCUUGUUAUAGGUUCGAAGCAUAGGUGUGUAUGCUGUAUAGUGAAGAGUGCAUUCAAAAAAGCGAAACCAUGCAGCAUUAAGUUUGACUGAACAAUUGUGUGACUGAACAAUUUGAAUAUCAUGAGAAGAUGUUUCUUCUAGAGCUAAAACUUUUAGAACACUUCCACAAGUCACUUGCAAAAAAAGGGAACUGUCACCAAGAAGUUCUUUGCCUAUUUGCCUCUGAAGGCCAAAUGUUCUUUCUGCUGUGUAAAUAAGGGGUGUUGCGCCAACCCUCAAGGUUGACAUGUAAUCCUGUGAUAACUAUCAUAUCAUUACAAACUUGUGCAUAAUUGCAAUUGUGUUGCUAACUAUUUUGUUGUUGGCAAGACACUACAGGUAGUCACGUCAAUCGUAGAUAAAUCUGUAACAUGUCUUCUCUUAAACUGUAGCAAUAAAAAUAUCAGGACUCAUCUGAAAAGUUAAAACUUAGUAAGUUUGAAGAAGGCUUAACCUCCUCCUACUUGGUACAAUCACGUCAUAUCAUACAUACGGGAAAAGCUUGUUUUGUGGAAUAUAUGUCAGUUUGUGUCAUUGUGAUAUACACCAAUCAGCCAUAACAUUAAAACCACUGACAGGUGAAGUGAAUAACACGGAUUAUCUCGUUACAAUGGCACCUAUCAAGGGGUGGUAUAUGUUAGGCAGCGAGUGAACAGUAAGUUCUCAAAGUUUAUGUGUCUGAAGCAGGAAAAAUGGGCAAGGGUAAGGAUCUGAGCGACUCUGACAAGGGCCAAAUUGUGAUGGCUAGACGACUGGGUCAGAGCAUCUCCAAAACAGCAGGUCUUGUGGGGUGUUCCCCGGUAUGCAGUGGUUAGUACCUACCAAAAGUGUUCCAAGGAAGGACAACCAGGAAACCAACGACAGGGUCAUGGGUGCCCAGGGCUCAUUGAUGGUCAUGGGGAGCGAAGGCUAGCCUGUCUGGUCCGAUCCCACAGAAGAGCUACUGUAGUACAAAUUGCUGAAAAAAGUUAAUGCUGGCUCUGAUAGAAAGGUGUCAGAACACACAGUGCAAUGCAGCUUGCUGCGUAUGGGGCUGCGUAGCUGCAGACCGGUCAGAGAGCCCACGCUGACCCCUGUCCAUUGCCGAAAGCACCUACAAAUGGGCACGUGAGCAUCAGAACUGGACCAUGGAGCAAUGGAAGAAGGUGGUCUGGUCUGAUAAAUCACGUUUUCUUUUACAUCAUGUGCAAGGCCGGGUGCGUGUGUGUCGCUUACCUGGAGAAGCAGUGGCACCAGGAUGCACUAUGGGAAGAAGGCAGUGUGAUGCUCUGGGCAAUGCUCUGCUGAGAAACCUUGGGUCCUGGCAUUCAUGUGGAUGUUACUUUGACAGGUACCAUCUACCUAAACAUUGUUACAGACCAAGUACACCACUUCAUGGCAACGGUAUACCCUAACGGCAGUGGCCUCUUUCAGCAGGAUAAUGCGCCCUGCCACACUGCAAAAAUUGUUCAGGAAUGUUUUGAAGAACAUGACAAAGGGUUCAAGGUGUUGACUUGGCCUCCAAAUUCCCCAGAUCUUGAUGGGGAAACAAGACAAACAAGUCCGACCUUGGAGGCCCCACCUCGCAACAUACAAGACUUGAAGGAUCUGCUGCUAACGUCUUGGUGCCAGAUACCACAGCACACCUUCAGAGGUCUUCUGGAGUCCAUGCCUCGAUGGGUCAGAGCUGUUUCGGCGGCACAAGGAGGACCUACACAAUACUAGGCAGGUGGUUUUAAUGUUAUGGCUGAUUGGUGCACAUCUUAAUUUCCUUUAUAAACCUUAUACACCCCACUAACUCGAGUGCAUUUUUAAAGCCGUUUUUGUCAAAAUCAGAUGUUGUAUAGCUAAUCUCUGUAAUCUCUGAUUUUAUAUGACCUGCAAUGAAGAAAUUUUACGGCUUCAUUGCUUUCCCUAAUUAGAAGUAUAUUAGAAAGGGACUUCCCCAAAAUGCUGAUUGUUGUUGGAUUUAUGUUAGAUUUUAUACUGAAAAUGGCAUUUUAUUUUCUUGAUUAAAUAAUAAAGAAAUGAUUUUCCAAGUCUUCCUCUUGAGAGCGUCUUCAUAGUGAAAUAAAUAUUUAAAUAUUUAAAUUUAACAACAUCAAAAGGCUAGAUUUCUGUUUUAUCAAGUAUGCAAAUGUAUGCAUAUUUAAUCAUGCAACACCUAAUUUGCAUAAAUAAAUGUACUUUUUUAUUUCCUAUACAAAAAAUACUUGGAAGCAAUCAGCUGGCAAAGGUUGAUUGUGAUAUCUAUUGUUUUUUUGUUUUGUUUUUUGAAUCACCUGUAGUGUCUUGCCUUAAAUGAAUGUAUAUGUCUGUGUUUGAACUAUAUUUAUUACAAGUACAGUCAAAAAGAUCAGAAUUUAUUAAUAUAGUAGAGACUGAUUGUAUAAACCUUAGCUAAAGCGUAUAUGUCUGUAAGAUAAGAUACACACAAAUGUACUUUAUAUCAGAUAUAACUGUAUUUUCUGUUUUACAUUAAACAUGUUUUGAAAGAA